AUUUUUCUAGCAAAGUUUUUUUUUUAUACAUAAGUGCAAGUCUGUUAAACCUCUUUUUUAUUAUUUUUUUGUCAAGACUAGCUCUUCUUCCAGCAAUGUCAAAGCUUUAAAGUCCUUUACGUUGUGCACAAAGUAUAAUAUUUAUGCCUUUUUCAUGAUGUACAAAAAAAAGACUUUGUUUCUCUCUCUCUUUAUAACUUUAAGUUAUAUGUUAGCCCUGGCUGAUUGUUUUUUUUUUUUUUCUUCUUUUUUUCUUUUACUGGCUUUUUGUCUACUGUUCAUAAUUCUAUUAUUGUUGUUAAAUUCCUUUUGAGUUGUAACAUUUGCCUUUAUAUAUGUUAAAAAAAAAUGGGGUAAAUGUUCCCAAAUAUGACUGUUUUGUGUCUUACACAGAAUCUCACAUAUAAGAUGUGCUACUUAAACUCUUUCAGCACAUCAUUAGACAACAUAAAUAUGCAUUUCUCCAAGGCUUCAAAUACGAAUACCUUAUUUAUUUUUACUAAUAUGUGUGUGUUUUUGCAUGUAAAUUUCUGUGCACUUUGUGAUUUUGGACAGCAGCUUGUGAAUGGGACUUUUAUUUUGGUCUGAAGAUAGGACAUCAUAAGUAUGCACCGCGACCCCACGUCUGUUGUGAAUGAUUCGGCUGAAGAAAGUGUUCAAACACCCAGAAAAACUCCUGGUGAAGGAAAUGAGAUCCACGUGACACGCUAUUAUAAAGAUGGCGUUUAUUAAAGAAGAGAAUGAAGACAUUACGAUUGAAGAAACAUUCUGUGUGAAACAAGAAGAUACUGAGGAACAAACAGACCUGAGAAUGCUGAAAGAGGAGAGUGAAGUACUGAAUGAAAUGGAGGAGAAAAAUUAUUAUGAUUUCAUAACUGAAGAAAAAUCUUUCAGUUGCUCACAGAUACACAAUGAAGAUAAGCCUGUUACCUACCCUCAGUGUGGAAAGAUUUUUGAUCAAGAUGAAAACCUUAAAGCCCACAUGAGAAUUCACACUGUAGAGAGUCCUUUCGUCUGCCAUCAGUGUGGAAAAAGUUUCACUCAAAAAGGAAGCCUUAACAGGCACAUGAGAAUUCACAAUGGAGAGAAGCCUUACAUGUGCCCUCUGUGUGGAAAGAGUUUUAAUCAACAUGGAAACCUUGAAGUCCACAUAAGACUUCACACUGGAGAUAGGCUUUUUACCUGCCAACAUUGCGGAAAAAGUUUUAACCGAAAAGGAAACCUUAAUUACCACAUGAGAGUUCACACUGGAGAGAGCCCUUUCACCUGCCAACAGUGUGGAACAAAUUUCACUGUAAAGGGAAGCCUUGUUAGGCACAUGAGAAUUCACACUAGAGAGAAGCCCUACACAUGCCCUCAUUGUGGAGAGAGCUUUGAGCAACAUGGAAACCUUAAAGUCCACAUGAGAAUUCACACUGGAGAAAAGCCUUAUACAUGCCCUCAGUGUGGAAAGAGUUUUGAUCAACAUGGAAACCUUAAAGUCCACAUAAGAGUUCACACUGGAGAAAAGCCUUAUACAUGCCCUCAGUGUGGAAAGAGUUUUGAUCAACAUGGGAACCUUAAAGUCCACAUGAGAGUUCACACUGGAGAAAAGCCUUACACAUGCUCUCAGUGUGGAAAGAGUUUCACUCAAAAAGGACACCUUGAAGUCCACAUGAGAAUUCACACUGGAGAGAAGCCUUUCACCUGCCAACACUGUGAAAAAAGUUUCAAACGAAAAGGAAUCCUUAAAAGGCACUUGCGACUUCACACUGGAGAGAACAAGUUUCAGUCAGCAUGGAAACCUUAAAGUCCACAUGAGAAUUCACAGUGGAGAGAAGUUUUUUAUAUGUGGUCAAUGUGGAAAGAGUUUCAGAUAUAACGUAAGCCUAAAUACCACAUGAGGAUUCACUUAAGAGAGAACUGUUUUAUUUGUCAUCAGUGUGGUAUAAGUUCCAGACAGGAAACACCUUAGGAAUCAUGUAAGAGAGAAGCCAUGAGCCAUCAUUAAGGAAAGACUCAUUCUAGGGUAAAAUUGCAGUGUUCCUCAGUGUGGCAAGAAGUUUACAAAAUAGAGAAAAUUAAAAAAAUUGUGCAUUCUGCUGGAAGACAAUUUAAUUUUUCUGAAUGUAUUCAAUUUUACAGAUCCAACUGAAAAUUGAUGCAAAUGUGAGACCCUAUUUGUGCUCUCUGUGAUGGCAUUACUCACAAAAAUACACAUUCUUACAGAGUUUUCCUGAGUCAAAAAUGGUCUUUGGUAGCGGUUGGCGAAUAUGGUCAUCCUAACACACAGUACAAUGUACCCUACGCAUGUGAACUGUCUAGUAAUGAAUAUGACCCAGAGUCCAGCUAGCCACAUCCCCCACUGUGCACGGAGCACACACCCGAGCCUGCCACAAUGUUUGAGCCAGCCAUUGCCCUGGAGCCUGAGCUCCACAGUGAGUCUGACCAUGUGCGCGAGUCGGCAACAUCAUCUGUCCCCGUGGGCUAGUAGUGUAUUAGGGCAUGAAGGAAAGCCCUACCCACACUCCUGGCGCCAAGGAUGAGCAGCAGCUGGCCUCAGCAAACUGUUGUUAUGAACUGGAAAAGGAUAUCAAAUCAAGAAGAAUUUUCUAGACAAGGAAAAAAAUAAGUCAAAUUUAAGUGAGUUUUUCCUUAAAACAAGCAAAAUAAUCUCCCAAUGGGGUAAGCAAAAUUGCAAAAACAAGACAGUAAUUUUUACUUGUCUAGAAAAUGCUUCUUGAUUUAAAGUCCCCUUGAAAUCUAAAUUUAAGUUUUUUAGCUUUUAGUAUGAAUAUGUUAGCCUUAAGGUUAUGAAUAAGCUGGUGUGUUCCAAAUUUGCAUUCAAAACUUACAGUCUCUCACUUCCGCUAAAAUGGAUCACGGAUUUUCAUGACAUCACAUCGCACUUCAGUUUCUCGUCAAAUCUUCGGUCCAAUCAAAUGCUCUCUAGAAUCUGCAGUCCCGCCUCCUCCUACACUCUUACAGACGCUGAAGCCUCGGCUGAAAUCGGUCAUUUGCUCACACAUUUACUAGUUUUUACAUGGUGAAUGGCACAUAGUGCACUAUAUAAAGAAUAGGGAACGAUUCAGACAGUGUAAAUAUGCUUUUCAUUGACGCGAAUGAAGUCCGUUUUCGCGUUAGUAUCGCAUGAACCGCCGCAAUGCGAGCAGUCUGCUCCGGUCCAGAGACACGAGAGCACAGAGCGGAUCAUACGCGCGAGUCGGCACAGACCACAAAAGGUAUCGGAGCCAUUUGAAUUCUGCACAGAAUGCUGUAUAUAAGCGAUGUAAAGGACAUUAUGAGGAGAAACAGUUAGAAAUUAGAAGGAAACAGAGGUUUUACAGAGUCUGGCGGCUCUGGCAAGCUGUAACAUAAACAAAACGCUAUUGGCUAUUUCAAAAAAGGGGCGGGGCUGUUCGAUAUAUCGCCCUGUCUUCCUGUUUCAGUUGAAAUUACAUCAACACAUUGAAUAAUGCUGUGCGUUCCAACACUCUUCAGUGGGCCUUUAAGAAUUUUUUAGAUAUUUGGACUGGAAACAAGACAAAAAAUCCAAGUAAGAAAAGCAUUUUUUUGCAGUGUAGUCAAGAGGAUUUUAAAAUGUGUUUAUGUUUACUCCUACAAUUUACUGAGUUUUUUGUUGUGGAUUAAAUUUUUUUGACUAUUUUUGUUUUCUAAUUCUUUCGUUGUGCGCAUUACCACAACAACCAAUGACGUGACGUGAUAGGGAUGUCUAAAAAACUGACAAGUGACAAAUUAUAUCUAAAUGUAACUCAAAGAUUUUCAUAAAUUACCUUAAGAAAACCAUGAAACUGUAGCAGUUCUUUUUCAGUAUCGGAACAUAGUAUGAAAAUAUCAAUAUACCUAUGCCAAAGUGUAAUGUGUAAAAAUAAGGGAUUCUGAAAACAAUUGAAAAUAUGCAUUUGUUAUAGUAGCCCAAUACAAAUUUGCAUAGCUUGGAGCCAUGGUAAAGUCAUCUUUGUAUCUAAAGAAAUUCUUUGUCAGUACCAAUUUGGGUAGUGUUUUGAUGUAAUCAGUACUGGGGCUUUUUAUUUUGAUGUGAAUUUCUUAGAAGAACAUCCAUUGCUUCAAUUUGUCCUUUAUGUGGUAUGGUGGUGUUAACAGACUACAUUAUAAAAGUUUUAAAUAUGAUUGAAUUGCUUGACGAACACUUUUUUGUCAUUUAUAAUGUCGAUAGAGUCUUUUACAAAAGAGGGUAAUGAAGACACAACUGGCUCCAAAACAAAUCAACAAAGGCUGAAAUUUUUUCAUUAAGAGACCCAAUUUCAGAUAUAAUAGGUCUUUCUGGAGGACUGGUCAGAUCUUUAUGUAUCUCACAAAGUAUAUAAAUUAGGUAAAUGGCUAAUCAACCUUCAUGAAAUUGAACUUUUGUUUCGUAAUUUCACCAAUAUCUGCAUAGUGCUGAAGGUAUUCAUGAAUUUCAGUCUUAAAAGCAUUAGUAAGAUCAAUACUCAAUUUUUUCAUAGAAGACAUUGGCCUGGUUUCACAGACAAGGCUUAGAUUAAGCCAGGAUUAGGCCUUAGUUCAAUUAGGACAUUUAGGUUGCUUUUAUAAACGUGUAGUGUUGGGCACGUUGCUUUAAAAAAGUAAUUAUAGUUACUAGUUACUUCUCACAAAUAGUAACUGAGUUACAUCAUUAUAAAAGUAACUAAUUACCAGAGAAAGUAACUAUUGCGUUACUUUAAAAAAAAAAAAAAAAAAAAGUCAAAUAACUUGGAUGCCCCUAAUAUUAAAUAUAAGUCUAAAAAUAAAUUAUGCUUGAUCCGACUCUUGACUCAUGAUCCGCUCUUGCUCACAACAUGAAAUUUCUCUGUACUAUACUACGUUUUGGUAGCCAUUAAAAAAACGUAGUUUCAUAUUAAUGUUUAAAUAGUCCUAUGUUAUGUUUUAAAUUAAUCUAUUUGAUUAUGAAAAGCGAACAGCAUGAGUAAGAUGCAUCAUAAGAUGCGCAAUAUAUCGGGAGACAUGGAGUGGGUCAGACAUGAUUUUGACCACUUCAUUAAGUUUUGUUUUGUAGAAAGUCUUCCUUAAGUGAAUUUCGUUUUGUAAAAAUUGUAUCUUAAUUUUAAUCAAUGUUUCAUCUACCAAUUACCUGGAUUUAAUAAAUAAGAAGAAAAUAUAGCAGACAAUAUAAUGGAGGCGCCGGCGCGAUCACUGGCGCGUGAACUGGAGCGCGUCUUAUAGGCUAAAUGAACCGAAACUCAGCGUAUAGGCUGCUUACCUCACAGACAUGAGAAAAAUAUCUAUAGAAAGCUUGAAAUGUCUACUUUUAAACAAAAUAAUUAAAAACGAAAAGAAAUACGUUACUCUCUGAUUAUGUAAUCCGAAUGAAAUGUGCAUUCUCUCUCUAGGCGCAUCCAUUAUGCGGAGAUGAUGAGAGUCAGCAAUGUCAACUUCAUCUUUGCAGCUAACACUGAUUCAGAAAACAUUUCUUUAUUAAUAAACAACUGUUUUUGUCACAUUCAUAAUCAUUACUUUUGCCGGUUCUUUAUGGCAAGCUUUAUUACGUAAAUGCUCAUUAUUAUGGUUUAUACUCUCCGGUAUUUAAGAAAUGAAAUUAAUAUAAAUGUGAUUAGUCAACUAAUGGCUUAAAUGAACAACUACUAGUCGACUUGAAAAAGCUUAUUUCACAUAUUUUCCAUGUCACAGCAUGUCACAAAGGGUAUUCUGGUUUGAGCUCGCGCUCCGCUCGCAUGCUCUGACACACACACACACACACACACACACAUACAUACAUAUAUACAUAUAUAUAUAUAUAUAUAUAUAUAUAGUCAAACCAAAAAUUAUUCAGACAUUUUUGAUAUAUUUUUAUUAGUGGGUGCAGGACACUGUAGUUCAUUUAUGUAAGUGAGGAUAGCAAAAUAAAGUAAAUUGUGAAAUACUAUACCCAAAAAUUCUUCAUAGAGUGGACUACCAGUAAAAUUGAUAAAAAUUUGGGACCAAUAAUUAUUUGACCACUUUGCUUAAGUGUUAUCUGACAUAAUUAAGAUUAAUUUCUGACACAGUUUAACUUAAGAUCUUGUCAUAUUUUUAUAACCAUUUUUUUUAAAACUAUUCAACUAUAGUGAAUAAACUGUAUUAAUGAAUCAAAUGUUCAA